UUUUGCAGUAACGACCGGACCUAAAUAACGAACGAAUUAGUUUCCAUUGUUUUAACAUUUCAUCGGAAAAGUACAGAAUUAUCAACCAGAGCAAUGGAUUGCGGCGGAGUUUUUGUGAAAUAUGUGCUAUUCAUAUUCAAUAUACUGUUUGUGAUAUGUGGCAUUCUACUCAUCACAUUCGGCUCCAUUAUGGUCUCCACCAUCAAAGACUUUUCGAGCAUGGAUGAGACCUUCACAGCCAACAGUGUGGCCAUCAUAAUCCUGGUCCUGGGCUGCCUCAUCUUCCUCGUUGCGUUCAUGGGCUGCUGUGGAGCCAUUCGCGAGGAUGCCUGUUGCCUGACAACGUACUCCAGUGUGAUGAUGGUGCUGCUGAUCAGUCAGCUGGUUCUGAUCAUCUACGUGUGGGUGGACCAUGUACAGAUCCAGCAAUCCCUGGAGAAAAUUGUGCAGACCAUUUGGGAGCAGCGCAAGACGGACAGCAUUCUCCUGGACACCAUGCAGCGCAGCUUCAAGUGCUGCGGUCUGCAUAGAUUCUCCGACUAUGGUGUCUCGUACCCAGCUUCCUGCUGUGACUCACCGACCAAUGGUACUUGUGGUCUAACGUCGGUCAUGCUACGCCCUGGCUGCUUGGACGCGGUUGACUCGUUCUGGGAUACCAAUGUGAGCAUCAUUAAAUACGCCGGUCUGGGUGUCACCGCCGUUGAGCUCGUGGCCUUUAUAUUUGCUUGCUGCCUGGCCAAUCAAACGCGCAACUCCCAGAGACGCCAGAACUAUUAAGCUCCAAGGUAUUAAGUGUUAAGAAACAUCUCCUAUUAAACUAUUUCAAGAGUUAAAUAAAACGAAAUGUACUUGAAA